UCGGCUUCCUGACGCUGAUUUUGUUGUCGGUUACUUUGCUGCACGUCUGUCUCGUCCGAAAGUACAAAUACAUACAUGUUGCAGUGAUGUAGCGCAGGCGAGGAGGACUUUGCCCUGCUGUGACCGGCUGUCGUCAGCUAAUGCGCCACUCUUCCGGCCUUUACGAUUUUUAAACCGCUACUAGCAGCUAAGCUAGUCUACGAGCUAGCAAACAAGCCGCUGCGAGCCUGCGAUGCGCUGCCGCUAGCACCUCUCUCGUCUCGCCCAGCUGCCCUUUAACUCUGCUAGCCCAGCCAGCCACAGUGUUGCCUGCGGUGUUGAGCAAACCACUGUCCUCUUCCUCCUCCUUAUGCUGUUGUUGCUGUCGGGCGUCCAGCUACGAUGUGGCAGAGUGUCGGGCUCACAGUGCUGGUCAUUGUGGCCACACUCAUCUGCGCGCUGCUCUUCAUGCUGUUUGGUUGGUAUGUAGUCUGGCAGCUCUUCCUGUCCAAAUUCAAGUUCCUGCGUGAGCUUGUCGGCGAUGCCGGCACCCCGCAGGCCGAAACUCAACCGUCCGAAACCAAGAGCGAACGCACAGCCGGCGCCCCGACACGAAACCGGCCCCGGACCGCACGCCAAAGAGUCGCCUUUUCAGAAAGCGCCUCGUAGACCACCCGGACGGCUGCUGCUUUUCCUCCACAUCUUCACAUGAAACCUGUAUGUGGUCAUCACAUAUUUCACGCUCACCCGACACUAUCAAGGACCUUGUGGACACUCAGUAGUCAGCCCCCCUCCUCCUUCUUUCUCUUCCUCCUCACCCUCACCACAGGACACUUUAAACUGACCAGGCAGAUCUCCUGGCUUCAAAGGGAAAAGCCAUCUACGUACAUAACUGUCCAUUUCUUUAUGUCAUCUGUUUAUAUGCUUGAUGAAGCAGCGACCUCAUGGUCCUCUGGUUAUCUGCAGUAGUGACGCUGCUUCCUGCCACCUGUGUGGAGUUCUUUGAUCAUGUAGUUUUUAGCAGAAGAACGCACUACUUUGAAAAAAGUAGGCAGAGAGAACUUUUUAAAGAACAGGAGAAAAAACUGACCAGAGAUUUAUACAACUGACAGCUUUCUUUAUAACAUGAAGUGCAAUGAAAGGAAUGUAUUUGCUGACUGUACGGUAAACGUGUUACGGACAUGUAGCACCAUCCAGGAGGUGGAAGCAGUUUCACCUGGUCGAUAAUGCCCAAAGCCUCUGAAGAAGAUGACAAAUGAUGGGGCUUCAUUCCAGCUGUGAUAAAUGUGACCUUUUCUCUUCUAACAUCUUCUUUUAUACUUGAAGAGGCAGGAGAAAGUUUCGAGGAAAUGAUGUUGAGGAGCAGAGUAGUUAACUGACGUCCUGAAAGCAGAAAACCUGCCCGAGUGAUGUCUGAACCUCCCCGCCCAGGUCCCCGUGCCUCUGUCUGUAUUAGUGCCUGUCUAGAUGGCAUCCACUCGUAAUGAAUGGCCUCCUUUCGUACUAAGUAGCUUCAUGUCUGCUUCAGGGCAGAUCAAAGCUGACCAGGGCCCAGUUGAUAUUUAUGACAGUUCCCCUACAUGUAAUCCUCGCACCUUUUUAUCAGCAGUGUUUCUUCUGUGGAGCUGUAACUUCAAAUAAAUAAUGCCGUAAAUA